CAUCAAGCAUGCGCCACACGAUGAGGUCAUGGUGGAAAUGACGCCUGUUGAGCUUUGCAUCUUUUGGUAAAAACAAACAAAAUCAGGUUCUGCCAAGUGGGGACUUGGUUUCUGGCAUCAGGGUUUCGUUGAGCAUCUGUUCCAUUAGUUUGUUCCAUAGGUUAGAUCUGGUCCUACUCUGGAAAAACAGCCAUUACCUUGUUUUGUUUUCCUGUCAUCUCGAGCAGCUGUCUGGGUGUGUGAAGGGCUGAUAAGAGGGUGGAGGGGGCUUUUACAUUGUGGGACUGUCAGCAAGACAAAAACAAAACACUGGUUUUUGGAGGACGACAAGUUCAUUUUAUUUAGCUUGCAACUGUUCUGCUUUUUUUUUGGCGCCUUCGGACAGGAGAAGGAUUUUUUGGAGGAGAUAAACUUUUUCGAUAUGCGAGUUUUUCAGUUGAUUUACAGCAUAGAGGCGAAUCCGCCUGUAGCUCCACAUCCGCAACCACCCAUUGAGGCUCCUCCUCCCUGCGCCCAAAGCCUACCAUCUCGCAGCGAUUCAUCCGACACGAUCGUUGUUAUUCCCGCCCAGCUACCAGUUACCCCUCUGCGCGCCAACUCAUACUUUGGCGAAAUAGCCUCCGACAAUAUCUCGCCAAAUCCAACAUCCCCUGGCGGAAUAUACGAGAACCUUGUUUGUCCAUUAUGCUUUACCUUACCGCAACGACUAAAACGAUUGCCAUGUUGCGGGAAUCGCAUGUGUGCUCAUUGUGGGAAGGAGUGGGUAUCGGGGCACGGGACAUGCCCCUUUUGCAGAGCAGAUCUGGAAAAAAUUAUAGCUGAUGCGGACGUCAAAACAAGCGACUGUCAAAAUGUUCAGACUGAGCAUGUGGAGCAAGAGCAUCAUCAGCACACUCGUUCAUACAUUCGCAGUCGACGAAAACUGCAUCUCCCGGACGACCUGGAAGCACAGGAACAACUGGAUGAAAUAGAUGUGCUAUGUCCUCUUUGUUUGCCUAAUGCAGGACACUGGAUCGGAGAAUGUACGUGGGUUGGUCCGAGAAAGGACGUUCGCAGACAUAUGGAGGAGGAUUGUCCAGGGCGAAUCGAUCCAAACACAGGGCAUGUUUCCUCAGAAUUCAAGUCCUUUGCAUUCCUCGGGCUGGACGAUAUAGAUUCGGACGAUGAUCGCGAUAGCAUUAUCGCCGAACACACCGCAGUGUCAGUGGACGAGGAAGGAACACCUCUGGCUCUGCUCGCCAGGGGCCGUUUGCAGUCCAUGUCAAACGGUGAUUACCAGGUGGAAUUGCACGACCAGGAGCCAUCGUCUUACUGGAGGAGUGUCCUUUGCUCAAAAGUGACGUGGACGCUGUUUACGUUGGGCAUCCUGGCAGGAUUCAUUUUGUACAUGGUUUUUGGCACGGCCAAUUCGGGAUCCAAUACGCCUGCCACCUCGAAAAUUUCUUAAAACACGAGCUUGGGGGUCUCUAUUUCCUGUAAAAUGCUUUUGGUUAAUUUUCAGUAUGUAUCAAUAAUAGCAAUUUUUUUUAAGUACAAGUAAUAAAUUUAUAAAAGUUGUCAGUCACUGCAAGUGCACUGCAGUUGUUGUC